AUGGGAGAUGCCCCGACUUCCGAUAUGGACUCUAAUAAAGUUAUUCUUGGAAGCGAAAAUCCAUCCGAUGUGGACCGGCGACCGUUUGGAGGUCUGGAAUUCCAAGUUUCCGAGGUAGUAGAGAGGUUGGAGGCUGGUGUGAAUGCCCAAGAUGCCACGGAAGAAGAAAAAAAGCCGGAAGAACGGAAAAUAAGCACGGGGUUCUUCGAGCCAGAAAAAAUGGAUAUGGAUGAAAUUUUGAAGGUCCUAGAACAACUAGUACUUAAAACGGACCCAAGUUGUGAAAGCAUGGAACCACCUUUAUUGCCCACGGAUUCUGUGACGCGAGCCGCAAUACUAUCUCAUAGUAUUUCGGCAUUAUUCUCGAGGUUGGAGAGGAGCCACGCUGCCCGGCUUGGAACGCACAUAGCUACUGAAACCACGCGAUGGAUGGCGCAUUUAUUUAGGUUGUCUGAUUACAACGCGUAUUAUCACCAAGAGCAGCUCGAGGGUCUGGUGAGAGUCACUCGGAUGCUGCUACACCACAAGUACCCCAGAUAUCUAGAGGAUGGAGCACUAGCCUUCUCGAACCGCCUACCCUCCAUCUACAGCUGUGUAGCGAGUCCGCUAGGCGUUGUCCAACACUUGUGCCGACAGCUGGGUCUGCCUCUCGCCUGCGUUAGACCCGUACCAGUUGAUUCAUCAGGUAAGGGUAUGGAUCUAAAUGCUCUCGAUCGUCUCUGUGAGGAGGACGCGGCCGCUCGUACUCCUCUCCUAGUGCUAGGCGAGGCGGGCGGACCUCCCCUCGGCGGGGGUUCCCCGCUGAGAGCGCUGGCUGAACUCUGUGGACGUAGAGGGGUGCACUUACAUGUGAGGGGACACGCCCUCGCACUACCCGCCGCUGGGGGAUUUGAACAGACUUACAGUAUAGCUGACUCACUGACACUUCAACCGGGUCCUUGGUUCGGAAUACCGGGAUUGCCUACUGUUACAUUUUACAAAAUACCGGAACCGCUGACGGUGAAUGAUCACUCCAAAGUUGUUAAUUCGGCGAGUAGUCGCGAGGGUGCCUUAGCCGCACUAGGAGGUCUCACGGCCGGAGCAGCUCGUCUGGCUGCUCUGCCACUGUGGACCGCGGCGCGAGCAGCUGGCGCUAAAAGACUAGCAAGAAGAAUAGACGCGGCCUUCCGCUCAGCAAGAACAGUUAGGGCUUUGAUAGCCGGCACGGAGCUGAGACUACUGAGUGAUAGACCCGGCGGUGAUGAACCUCCCAAUAUGGAUAUAGUAGAUGCCAUAAGUGAAUCCUCAGCGUGCGUGUCCUUCCAAUUCGCGCCAGCAGGUUGCGCUGAGCGACCACCCCCCUACUACGAUAAACUCAACUCGUGGUUGGGACAAGUGUUGCAACGAGAGGCUGAUAUGAUAAAUAUAGAAAUAUGCGAAACCGAGAGCUACGGCGUAGUUCUCCGCUACUGUCCGCUAGAGGGCGUCUUCAUGGAAGAAGACCGUUUGUCAGAGUGGGCGGCCGUGUUAGACGCUCAGCUACACGUACUCACUGCUACCGUCGCGCUAAGAGAACCCUUCCAAAAGACAUUACAAGCACACCCCAGUCUAAGACUCGUACAUGUGCCGGGAUGGGCUGGUCUUGGUGGAGUUCGUUAUGUACCACCUGGCUGGGAGGAUGCUCCUCUUGAGGAACUGAACUCUUUGAACAGACAGUUGGUUGAAACAUUGAGGGCUACCGAUGGGGCCUUCUCAUGUGGGGACGGAGAAGAUGGUAUGGCAUGUGUCAGGUUUGGUAUGGUGACUGCUGACACAGAUGUCGAUGAAUUGUUAGAUCUAGUAUUGUCAGCGGGUAAGGAUGUUGAGGAGAACUCUAAGGCUCUCACUGAUAUGACCGAGGUGUUGAAGAAAGGUAUAUCAGCGGCUCAAGAAGAACUGGAUCGUUCAGCGUGGCAGGAAGGCUUACUUCGUCGUGUGCCAGUAGUAGGUCGGGUUGUGUCCUGGUGGGCUCCGCCACAACCCUGCCCCGGCCGACGGCUACUGUUGACCCACGGCACCUUGCAGGCGACUGACGAUAUCUAUCGAUUAGUUCAGAAGAAAGACAAAGAGGAGCCAGCCCGCGCUCACUCACCAACGAGACAGAACACGGCUCCAUAA